ACAUUCCCUUCGCCUUCGGCUUUUCGUGUCCACAUUGUUGUGUGCACGGUCCCGUCAAACAAAUUGGAAAAAGUUUGUGAAUUUUCAUCUUUCUCUGCUACAAACGAGCUUAAUUUUGUGAAAUCAACAAAUAACAUCAAGGAAAUCUAGCGGCCAAGGUUGAUUCAAGGCCAAGCACAAUGUCCAAAAGGGGGCCGACGUCAGAACUAAACCACGACAACUGGGACCAAGAGGAGGAGGACAAAGAAGUUGCUGGCGAGUUCAAACAAGCGAGCACCGAUGUCAUUCAUACGAGAAAGAUUUUGCAGGCUAAAAGAAAGUCCAUGCCCUCGGCUGAUGGUGCUGUGAAAACUCCGUUCGGAGGUUUCACCGCUUUUGGUGGUUCAAGUUCAACACCAAACAAGCCCAACUUCAACUUCAUUGUCAGCAGCAAGUCUGCAGAAACUCCCAAAACAAAUGGCCAGGAGAAGAAAAGUGACAAUGCCGAGGCUCUGCUCAGCUCUAAAGAGUAUUACCACCAGCUGAAGAGCCUCAACGUGUCUGUUUCAGCGUGGAUAGCAAAACAUGUCCAGAGCAAUCCCUACUGCAUCAUGACUCCUGUGUUCAGGGACUACGAAAGACAUCUUGCCAAUAUUGAGAAGAAGAAACCCCUAAUCACAUCCGAUGGCGAAAACACAGAUUCAUCAACCCCAAUGGAGCAGAAUAGUGAAAAAGAAAGCUCAAGUCAAGAGAAAAUUACCGAGACUAAGGACGAAACUCCCAAGUCUGAGGAAUCCACUUCUCCUGAGGUUGGAGUCACUGCGGCUGCUGACUCUGAAAAAGCUGAAAUAGACAAGUCUUGCGAGGAAGAUUCUGCAGAAAAAGACGCACCUAAAGGAGAGACAGCACCAGUCCAACACCUACAACCACCGCACAAUCCAUUUUUGGCUCUAUCAGCUCCGCGUCAACUUUUUCCUUCUUCAGCCAAACCCUCGACUACCACUGCAUCUGCGACAUCUUUUGUGUUUGGAAAUACUGCUACCACAGCCACAAGUUUGUUUGGGUCUAACCCCAGCCCAUUUGGUAGCAGCACUCCUAGCGGCGCCACCUUUGGGUUUGGGAGCAUUGCUAAUAAGCCCUCUGGGCAACCUACUUCGGCUGGAUUUUCUUUUGGAAAUUCAGGUUUUUCAUUUGGUGCACUGGCCAAGAAGACGGAAGCCGCUGAGGGUGAAAAUGCUGAGGAGGGAGGCGAUGAGUCGGAGGAGCCACCCAAGGUGGAGUUCAACACUUUCAAGGAAGAUGAUGCUGUUUAUGAAAUCAAGUGCAAAGUUUUUGUCCUAAAAGACAAGGAGUAUAAGGAGAGAGGCUUGGGACAACUUUUUAUAAAGAAGAAAGACCCCGACAGCAAGGCUCAGUUAUUGAUUCGUUCUGCUGGUGCCACAGGCCAAAUUCUGAUCAACGUCUUGCUUACCUCAAGCUUGGCCCCAAAAAGAGUUGGGAAGAACAACGUUCAGAUGCCUUGCGUUCCAACACCAGAUUGCACAGAGCCAAGCAUAGUGAUGAUUCGCGUGAAAGGGGGGGAAGAUGCCGACGAGUUGUUGGCUAAAAUCGAGGAGUACAAGAAGUAAAGCUGGACGUUUAUGAACCUUGAAUCGUCGACUCUGAUACAUGUUGCUUUAAUUUGUUUUGAUCAUUGGCGAUGAACCUUCGAGGAAGGGAUUGAAUGCUAAAUUAAAUCCUAUGUACUUUAAAUCUAUUAUGAACUGUCGAUGCAGAUCACAGGAAAAAAUAAACCAAUUUCGCUGGAAUCGUAAAGGAAA